CUGAAGGACCCGUCCUACCAAGGAAGUAUCCUUGACUUUGAGGAACACCCAAAGUUUUUGCGCAAAAGUGGUCCCAACAGUAUGGCGCCGAGCUGGCUUCAAUUUUGAUGGGGCGAGAAGGACAAGUUGUUCAUGCCAGUCGUUGAGAUCGGUGCCAUGGAUCUAUCUUGGUAAACGAAGAACGGCUAAACGAACCCAACAAAUCUUGACGGAAAGGAAGCCAGUUUGUCGGCGAGGGUCAACCUGACGACCAUGUCUACACCAAAUGAGUCCUGCGAUGGAAAUCUCAAUACAGACGCGAACACCCUGGCGAAUGACAGGGAAAGGCUGUCUGUCUUCACGGUAACCAUUGGUGCAACAGUUCCCACCGGUUUCGAACACACUGCUGCAGAAGAGGUCGGAGAGAAAAUUGGAGCCGAAGCAAGAAUUAGCAAAGACCGGGGUAGAAUAUAUUUUGAGAUAUCCACAGAUAAACUUCCAAUGGUGCAUCAUUUAAAGUCAGUGGACAACCUGUUUGUAAUCGUCAAGGAGUUUGAAAAUUACCACUUCAAAGACACAAAGGAGGAGGCCCUGUCUGACCUUAUGCAGCUGGCGUCUCAGUUGCCCUGGGCCGACGCCCUGGAGGUCUGGAGGAUGAACAACUCCCUGAAGAAACGGAGGGGGCGGCGGAGAGGAGGGAAUAACACAAAGCCCAAGCCCAGCAAAGGAGAGGAUGCUCCCGUCCCCGCUAUGGACGAAGGGGAUGCAGUCGUCACGACAACCGAGAAGGUCCAGCGGGAACCAGAUGCCCCUCAGGGAAAGGAGGAAGGAGGAAGCAGCCACGAGGAAGAGGAGCUAGAGGACGAUGCCACUAAGCCACUCAAAUUUCGGGUCACGUGCAGUCGGGCAGGGGAUAAACACAGUUUCGCCUCGAACGAGGCAGCCAGAGACUUUGGUGGGGCGGUGCAGGAGUUUUUCCAGUGGAAGGCCGACAUGACAAAGUUUGAUGUGGAGGUUUUGUUGAAUAUCGCCAAUAAUGAGAUGGUGAUCGGCGUGGCCCUGACGGAGGAGAGCCUCCACAGGAGGAACAUCACCCACUUCGGCCCCACCACCCUGCGCUCCACCCUGGCCUACGGCAUGCUCAGGCUGUGUCAACCCCAGGUGUCUGACGUCAUUAUCGAUCCAAUGUGUGGAACUGGAGCAAUACCAGUGGAGGGAUGUAUUGAAUGGCAGCACUCCUUUUUUGUUGCGGGAGACAAUAAUGACAUGGCUGUCAGUCGCACUGUCAAUAACAUCAAUCACAUACAGAAGAGGAAACAAGAUGGCGGCAGCAGUGCCUCGGGGUUGCCUGUGGACACGGUGCAGUGGGACCUGUGUCACUUACCCAUGAGAACCAGCUCAGUGGACAUCAUUGUCACUGACAUGCCAUUUGGAAAGAGGAUUGGCUCCAGGAAGAAGAACUGGGACCUCUACCCAUCAUGCCUCAGAGAAAUGGCCCGCGUGUGUCGACCGGGGACGGGGAAAGCCGUUUUGCUCACCCAAGACAAGAAAUGUUUUCAAAAGGCGAUAUCACGGAUGGGUGGGCUGUGGAGGAAACUGCCCACUGUCUGGGUGAAUGUCGGCGGGCUCCAUGCAGGGGUGUUCGUCCUGAAACGCACCAGCUCCGUUUACGGUACAACACCUGAAGAUGUCAGAUCCCCUCAGGAAGAUGGUGAAGCACAGAGCAAAAGCAGAGAGAAGCAAUGACCAGAAACCUCCCCGCAUCAUGCGAGUGUUAUACAGUCUAGAAUAACUCAUUUCACUCUGUGAGAGAGGAUUGCCAGUGUGUGGUGAGUGUGUGUGUGUGUGUGUGUGUGUGUGUGCGCAAAGUAUGAUAAGUACAUUCUGUGUUUUAUAACAGUUAAGUCAGUGUCCAAUUCCUUUUCACAGGAUCAUGACCUGCUAUGCGAAACCUUCCUGUUUGAUUUUAGUCACAGAAGCGUUCACAAAGGGUGUUCAGGUCUUUGUGUGCUUUAACUUCACUAUUGUUUAGCAGUGAAAGUGGAAAACAGCUGUCCAAAUAUGAGCCACAGCAUCGAUAUCCUUCCUCUGUGUGUGUAAUGUGCAUGUGUAACAAAGCACUGUAAGAUUUGAGUGGGUUUGAAAAUCGUCCGGCUCAGUGUCUUAACCUGACUGUCAUCAAAUCUCUGCGUUAUUUCUUCACCACAAGCUCAAAAGGAAAAGCCUUUGAGUGCACAAAUGAAGUCUCUUUGGUUUGUUAUAUAGAAGAUGGCAUUUCCACUUGUAGCCUGUUGUUCUGGUGGACUCUGGCUUACAAUGCAUUUGUUUGUUGACAGAGUUGCUGCAGCACCCCUUCAUAAUGCUCAUAUUAGUCACUGAAAACCUCUCCAUGUUUCAAUCUGCAAAAAUAAAGUGAAUUGUUCAUUCAGA